CCUGGAAGUGAUUUAUAGUUGAAGUACUGGAAUACCCUACCGACACGUGUGUAGCUGUCAAUUAAGCAUUUACAAGACAGUAGCUAUUCUCAUGACACUGAAUUGCAUUUUUACGCGUUCACGGCGCAGACAUGGCUGAUGCGUUCAGCAGCAGCUCGGAAACGGUAAUUCAACGUGUGGUGGACGUCACAGCGAAAACGAGCACCCCUGCGGAAAAACUGGGAGAAUUGUAUCAGAUUAAGAAAACUUGCGACUUUAUACACGAGCAUCGAUUUGAAAAGGUAGCUCUGCAGUUUCCUGAUGAGCUGCUGGUGGAUUCGGUUGCAGUUGCAGGAGAGAUUGAGAGAAACACAAAUGCCAAGUCGUAUAUUUUGGGUGAUACUUCCUAUGGCAGUUGCUGUGUGGAUGAGGUAGCUGCAGAACAUGUUGGAGCUGACUGCAUUGUGCACUAUGGCAGUGCUUGCCUCAGCCCCUCCAAAAGGCUGCCCUUGUUAUAUGUGUUUGAGAAAAGAGCAGUGGAUGUGGAGAACUGUGCCUCCUCCUUCAGAGAACUCUACCCUGACAAACACAGCCACAUCAUCAUCCUCUAUGAUGUCAACUAUGCUCAUGCUAUUAAUAAUCUUUUGGCUCUCCUGUCACCCGAGUAUCCAAACCUUGUUGUCUCAGAACUACUUGUUGAAGGGGAGCAGUGUUACAGUCACGGCCGGAUUAAAAGACAAGCUGAUAAUGCUGAGCAAGAUGACAGCCAGGUUAUCUAUCAGUUUGGACGUCAGUUCGCCUUGAAAAGUGGUUUAAGCAUCACGGACUAUAGUAUGUUUUAUGUGGGCCAGGAGGGAGCGACCCUGCGAAACUUCAUGAUGACUUGGAAUCGUUGCUCAUUUUGCUCUUUUGACCCUGUGACAAUGAAGGGAAGGGUUGAGUCUAUAAGCAUCAACCGUGCACUGAUGAAGCGAUACUAUGCUAUAGAAAGGGCCAAGGAUGCCAAUGUGGUUGGCAUCCUGGUUGGCACUCUCGGGGUGGCCGAUUACCUCUCCAUCCUAGAGCAGCUGAAGGAGACUAUCAAGAGAGCUGGCAAGAAGAGCUACAUGUUUGCAGUGGGGAAACUGAACGUACCCAAACUAGCAAACUUUCUUGAAAUUGACAUCUUUGUCGUAAUUGCAUGUCCAGAGAGCUCACUUUUGGACUCGAGUGAGUUUUAUAAACCUGUAGUGACACCAUUUGAGAUGGAGGUGGCCUGCAACAAGAAGAGGGAAUGGUCAGAGGACUACGUCACAGACUUUCGUAAUCUCCUGCCAGGUGGACAGAGUCAUGUACCUUUGACUGAUCAGCAGGAGGCGGAGGAUCAAACUGACAUUUCAUUAAUCACGGGUGCUCUGCGAAGCCACAGUCUCCUGAGCAGUGAGCCUGCAGAGCCCUCUUAUGGGUCUUCUGUGGUCUUGAGGAACCAGACGCUGACUGUAGCCAACACAAACUCAGCUGCAUCUUUUCUGGCAGGUCGAAGCUGGCGUGGCUUAGAGCAGAAGCUGGGAGAAACACCUGUGGUGAAGGCAGUAGAGGGCAGGAGAGGCAUAGCUAUAGCCUACGAGGAUGAGGGAACAUCUUCGUGAUGAUUUAACAAUAAUCAACAAGAUCUUCAUCAGGUUAUUUAUUAAUUUGCAAACUUACCAAAUGUGUCAUGUAUUUACUGGAAGUUGAAAGUCAUUAUUAAAUGUAUUUUGUAAUAACAUCAGUACUAGAUUGUGG